AUGUCUUCAUCAUUACUUUUUCUCACACUUGCUUACCUCGUUCUUAUUGAACGUUUAACAUGUCAUGCGCAGUCACAUGGAGACAGAAUCGGAGAGUGCCGUCUUGAGCACCUCAGCGUCAUGGAACCUACAAAACGAGUUGAAUCUGAAGGUGGCGUAGCUGAGUUCUGGGAUGACAAGAGCCAGCAGCUCCAGUGCAUUGGUGUCACGUUGAUUCGAUACACUAUAAGACCCAAGGGCCUGCUCUUGCCAUUUUACACCAAUGCCCCCAGAAUCCACUAUAUUCUCCAAGGUAAGGGUGUUAUGGAAAUAGUGGUGACAGGGUGUCGGGCAAUGUAUCGGUCAUCAACAAAGAGAGGCAUGAGCAGUUACAGUGACGAGCACCAGAAGAUUCAAUCAAUUGAGCAAAACGACGCCGUUGCCGUGCCUUCAAGUUCGGUUCACUGGAUAUACAACACCGGCCACUCAGAUCUUGUUCUCUUCUCGCUCGUCGAUGUCGCCAAUGCUGAUAACCAACUUGACCCCACAUUUAGGAACUUCCUCCUUAGUGGGAACGGGAACGGAAAGGAGGGAGAAGAAAGUAACAAUAAUUGGUUUAAGAAGAAGCAAAGAGAGGCACAAGAAGGCAAUGUGUUCAGUGGAUUAGCAUUAGAGACAUUGAUUGGGUCUUUUAAUGUUCAGAGGGAGAUAGCGGAGAAAGUGCAAGGCUUGAAGGAUUGGAGAGGUUCAAUCAUUUUGGUGAAGGAAGGACUUGAUUGGCUGAGCCCAGAAGAAGAGGAAGAAGAAGAAGGAUUAGAAAAGAGGAAGAAAGGUGAUGUUAAUGGUAUAGAGGAAACUCUAUGUUCUUACUCAUUUGUGCAUCCAUUAGGUGAACCAAGAAUGCAUGCUGACAAAUAUAACCCACGUGGGGGUCACAUUACUAGCCUCAACACUCCCAAUAUGGCAGUCCUUCAAUACCUCCAACUUGGUUUAGACCGCGGUGUACUCUACAAGGAUGCUAUUCUAGUUCCUCACUACAAUUUGAAUUGCCAUGCUGUGAUCUACUGCACAAGGGGAAGCGCUCUGGUUCAGGUAAUCAACGAGAACGGAAAGAGGGUGUUGGAUGAAGAGGUGAAGGAGGGUCAAGUGUUAAUUGUGCCACAGCAUUACAUUGUUGUGAAAAAGGCUGGGAGUGAUGCAUUUGACUGGGUAGCAAUCAAAACCAGUGAUAACCCCAUCAUCAACACACUCGCUGGAGAGCUCUCGCUCGUCCGCGCAAUUCCCGAGGCAGUGCUGAUGAGUUCGUAUCGGAUGGAAAGGAAGGAAGCUAGGCUUUUGAAGCGAAAGGGAGAGCUUACUAUUAUUAGUCCUCCACUUGAAGAAACCCACUAG